AAGAGACACUUCACAGCUGAAAGUUUGGAUUUCUCUGGAGGGAGCCUCUUCUCUGCCACUGUGAGGUGCCCUUCAGAGGAGAUAUGUCCCAAAAUUCUCUCCAUGGAUCCAAGUGCAAGGCCGGUGCCAACCACAAUGCUGAUUUUGGCUGUACACUCAAAGAGCUCCAAUUGCUCAUGGAUCUCAGAGGACCAGAAGGAUUACAGAGAAUCCAGGAGUGGUAUGGAGGUAUUGAGGGACUCUGUUCCAGGCUGAAGUCUUCAUCAACAGAUGGGUUAAGUGGGAAAGCUGAUGACAUUACAAAAAGAAAAAAAGAAUUUGGAAAGAAUUUCAUACCUCCUAAAAAGCCCAAAACAUUCUUUCAGUUAGUGUGGGAAGCUCUGCAAGAUGUGACUCUAAUUAUUUUAGAAGUUGCAGCCAUAAUAUCCUUAGGCCUUUCCUUUUAUAGACCUCCAGAUGCAGAAAAAGAACGCUGUGGAAGAACCGCCAGCAUGGCGAUGGACGAUGAGGCUGAGGCCAGCUGGAUCGAGGGAGCCGCCAUCCUCCUGUCCGUCACUUGUGUGGUGCUCGUAACUGCCUUUAACGACUGGAGCAAGGAAAAACAGUUUCGCAGCCUGCAGAGCCGUAUUGAGCAGGAGCAGAAGUUCACGAUGGUGAGGGGGGGCCAGGUCCUUCACGUUCCUGUGGUCGAGAUUGUGGUCGGUGACAUCGCGCAAGUGAAAUAUGGUGACCUCAUUCCUGCUGAUGGAGUGCUGAUCCAAGGCAAUGAUCUGAAAAUCGAUGAGAGCUCUCUCACAGGAGAGUCAGACCACGUCAGAAAGACACUGGACAAAGACCCCAUGCUACUCUCAGGCACCCAUGUGAUGGAGGGCUCCGGGAGGAUGUUGGUCACGGCUGUGGGCGUUCACUCUCAGACCGGAAUCAUCUUCACCCUUCUAGGUGCGGGAGACGAUGGAGGUGAUGAUAUUGAAAAAGAGAACAAGAACAGAAGGAAGAAAAAGAAGGAGGAGGAGAAGAAAAAGAAAGAAAAGGACAACAGGGAUGGUGCCAGUGUGGAGACUCAGCUUCUCAGCAAUAAGGAUGGGGUUGAGGUCAGGGAGGAGAAGAAAACCAGUCUACCAAAGAAGGAGAAAUCUGUACUUCAAGGGAAGCUCACCAAAUUAGCCAUACAAAUUGGAAAAGCAGGUCUCUUUAUGUCUGUUUUUACAGUUAUUAUCUUGGUGGUGCUUUUUUUGGUGGACACCUUUUGGAUCCAGGGCCUUCCAUGGAUCAAAGAUUGCACUCCUGUUUACAUCCAGUUUUUUGUCAAGUUCUUCAUCAUAGGAGUCACAGUGCUGGUUGUGGCUGUGCCUGAGGGCCUUCCUCUAGCUGUCACCAUCUCAUUAGCCUACUCUGUCAAAAAAAUGAUGAAAGAUAACAAUCUUGUCAGACACCUGGAUGCUUGUGAGACGAUGGGGAACGCGACUGCCAUCUGCUCAGAUAAAACGGGCACCUUAACCAUGAACAGAAUGACUGUGGUGCAGGUGUAUCUGGGAGACAAAUUUUAUCGGACGGUCCCUGAGCCUUCUCUCAUUGCUAGCAAGACCAUGGACAUGCUUAUCAUGGGCAUCAGCGUUAACUCUGCAUACACCACCAAAAUUAUGCCCCCUGAGAAGGAAGGUGGACUAUCUCAUCAGGUUGGGAACAAAACUGAAUGUGCCUUGCUGGGCUUUGUCCUUGAUUUGCAUAAAGACUAUCAAGGCAUCCGCAGUGAUUAUCCAGAAGAGAAACACUUUAAAGUAUACACGUUCAACUCUGUAAGGAAAUCCAUGAGCACAGUGCUGAGGUAUACUGAUGGAAACUACCGGAUGUUCAGCAAAGGAGCCUCUGAAAUUCUCCUGAAGAAGUGCUGCAAAAUCUUGACAGCCAGCGGUGAUGCCAGGGUUUUCAAGCCCAGAGAUCGGGAUGACAUAGUGAGGAGUGUGAUUGAGCCCAUGGCCUGUGAGGGCCUGCGUACCAUCUGUCUGGCCUACAGGGACUUCCCUGCUUUAGAGGGGGAACCCAACUGGACCAAUGAGGCAGACAUUCUCACAGGCCUCACCUGCAUUUGCGUGGUGGGCAUCGAAGACCCUGUGCGGCCUGAGGUCCCUGAUGCUAUUAAAAAGUGCCAGCGAGCUGGCAUCACAGUGCGCAUGGUGACUGGGGACAACAUUAACACUGCACGUGCUAUCGCCACAAAGUGUGGCAUCCUCAACCCUGGAGAUGACUUCCUGUGCCUUGAGGGCAAAGAAUUCAACAAGCAGAUACGCAAUGAACUGGGGGAGAUUGAGCAGGAACGUAUAGACAAGAUUUGGCCCAAACUGCGUGUACUGGCAAGAUCCUCACCAACUGAUAAGCACACGUUAGUAAAAGGUAUAAUUGAUAGCACUGCUGUAGAACAAAGACAAGUGGUUGCUGUAACAGGAGAUGGAACAAAUGAUGGCCCUGCCUUAAAGAAAGCUGAUAUUGGUUUUGCAAUGGGUAUUGCUGGAACAGAUGUUGCUAAAGAGGCCUCUGACAUUAUCCUGACAGAUGACAACUUCACCAGCAUUGUAAAGGCUGUUAUGUGGGGCCGAAAUGUUUAUGACAGCAUCUCCAAGUUCUUGCAGUUUCAGCUGACAGUCAAUGUGGUGGCAGUUAUCGUGGCAUUCACAGGAGCCUGCAUCACACAAGAUUCCCCACUGAAAGCAGUGCAGAUGCUCUGGGUGAAUUUGAUCAUGGACACAUUUGCCUCGCUUGCUCUGGCCACCGAGCCUCCCACAGAGACCCUGCUGCUGAGGAAGCCGUAUGGGCGCAACAAGCCCCUCAUCUCCAGGACCAUGAUGAAGAACAUUCUGGGCCAUGCCAUCUACCAGCUCAUCAUCAUCUUCACCCUGCUGUUUGCUGGUGAGCAACUCUUUGACAUCGACAGUGGCAGAAAUGCUCCACUACAUGCCCCACCUUCAGAACAUUACACCAUCGUUUUCAACACCUUCGUCAUGAUGCAGCUUUUCAACGAGAUCAAUGCUCGCAAGAUACAUGGCGAGAGAAACGUUUUUGAUGGCAUCUUCAACAACAUGGUCUUCUGUUCCAUUGUAUUUGGAACAUUUGUUGUCCAGAUCAUAAUUGUGGAGUUUGGUGGGAAGCCCUUUAGCUGUGUUGGCCUCAGUAUUGAGCAAUGGCUCUGGUGUGUCUUCCUUGGCUUUGGAUGCCUUCUCUGGGGUCAGCUGAUCACUACAAUUCCUACGAGUCAUCUGAAGUUCUUGAAGACUGCUGGCCAUGGAACCCAGAAGGAGGAGAUCCCAGAGGAGGAGUUGGAAGAGAUGAAGGACCUAGAUGAGAUUGACCAUGCUGAAAUGGAACUUAGGAGAGGGCAGGUCCUGUGGUGCAGGGGCAUCAACAGAAUUCAGACACAGAUCCGAGUAGUGAAUGCCUUUCGAGAAGCUUUGUCUCCUUAUGAAGGCCUGGAGACCCCAGAGUCUCGCAGCUCCAUCCACAACUUUAUGACCCACCCAGAGUUUCGCAUUGAUGACUCGGAGCCUGCCAUCCCCUUGAUUGAUGACACGGACACAGAGGAGGAUGCGCCCACAAAACGCAAUGCUGAGCCUCUCUCCCCUCCUCCUGUUCUGUCUCCAUAUAACAAGAACAAUAAUGCUAUAAAUAACAGAAGCUUUCAUCAUCAUAAGGACAUCAAAACUCCAGUUUUGCAGCCACCUGGUAGCCCCCUGCACAGCCUGGAGACAUCUCUCUGAAUCCACCCAUCCUAAGACCACUCUGAAACCAUGCAAGCUAAGACCAUGUCAAUGUUCUUGCAUGAUGGCACAUUUAGCAAGUUGCUAGACAUUCUGGCAAUAGGAGAGGGUUUUCUAUGAACUGUUUCUCAAUGGUCUGUGCACUGACGAGGUUGCUGUCAUACAAUAAAAUAUUGGUUUUGAUUGUGAUGUGAAGUUCCAGAAUCUUUCCAUCUAUAGUAGAGGGAAAGUGAGAAAGAUCUAUAUUUUUAUGAUGAUUAAACAAAAUGUUGAUGGGGAAAUCAAAUUUAUCACUCGGUGAA